AUGGAGAUUAACUCAAAUUCACUCCAAGAAAACCAAAACCCAUCCGCCAACAGCUCCGCCGCCGGAAACUCCCCGAACCGCCGCACGCCGCCGCCGCAGCCCAUACCCAUAACGAGAUCCGACCCGAACAACCCGUACCCGACAACCUUCGUCCAGGCCGAUACCUCGUCCUUCAAGCAGGUGGUCCAAAUGCUGACCGGGUCGACCGAGACCACCGCCCGGCCCGAACCGUCCCGAAGCCCGAUACCUCCCCUAAAGACGGGGCUCCGGAAGGACCACAAAUCCGGCAACUCGAAGCUCUACGAGCGGCGGCACAGCUUCAAGAACUUCAAGAUCAGCCCGCUGGCUUCCGGGCCGGUCAACGGCAGGCCCGGAUUGUAUUCCGGGCUCGCGGGCUCGCCCCGGCACGCGGCGCCGGAGAUUCUUUCUCCGAGCAUCCUCGAUUUCCCGUCGCUGGCGCUGAGCCCGGUCACUCCCCUCACGCGCGACCCGUUCAACCGGGUCGGAUCCGCCGGGAACUUUAAUUUGGCGGCGGAGGAUAAGGCGAUUAGGGAAAAGGGGUUCUAUCUACACCCGUCGCCGGCGAAUACUCCGAGGGAAUCGGAGCCCCGGCUUUUGCCUUUGUUUCCGGUGACGUCACCCAAAUUCGCGGGCUCAUCUGCUGCCAAUGCUUGA